AGGUACAAAAAACCCACCUAUAUUGACCUAAACCUACGUAUCACCGUAUCACCGAAGCUGCUUCCAACCUCAACCAACUUCAACUUCAACUUGUUAGCUGAGGUUCCUCAGCAACAAUCUUUAUAAUUGUUAACUACUUUAUAUAUAAAAAUGUAACCUCAUUCGUUGUAGUGUAUUACAAUAUAGUAUACUAAACCCAAUCGACCAACCCUGACAUUUCCGAGCAUCCCUCACCAACUCGCGCGCGCAACCAAGCCUGGCCGACCCCUCCGUAACCCCCAGCACCUAUACGCCACCAAUCUCACCAGCAUCACCACCAACACCAACCAGCGCAGGGAAUCUUAGCACCAUGGCGCGCUCUCGCAUUCUCUGGCGUUUCUUACCCUUCAGCCGCACGACGACGCCGCUGCAGGCUACGACGUAUCUCCUUGGGAUCGCGCUCUUCAGCAUUUCCUUCCUCGUCUUCCUCAACUCGGCCGUCUCGUUCGUCAUCACGGACCUGCUGGGCGUGAAGACGGGCGUCGGCGAUAUCGUCGGCACCCUGGGCUUCGUCGACGAGGUCGUUGCGCUUGUGGCUUGCCCGGCUUGGGGCCUGGUCAGCGAUCGUCUGGGCGUGCGCUGGGUCGCCGUCCUGGGGUACGGGAUUAUUGCUAUUAGUCUGUUCUGCUUCGUCCAGGCCCGCGAUGUCUAUCCCAGUUUGGUCAUUGCGCGGAUUGCGUUUGCGCUGGGCGCUACGGCUGCGGCGACUAUGGUUACGGCUAUUUUGCCUGUGCUUACGAAUGACGAGAAGGUGGAUGCGGAUGGCGAGGAUAGGUAUGAUGGAGAGGACGGAGAGGACGGAGAGGAUGGAGAUGCUGUAAGUGCUGGUAGUGCGGGCUCGAGCCGGAAGUCGAGUCAUCAUCAGAGGGAUAGCGUGGCCAUGAGCCUCGAGAGCGACGCUACAAUUACCCCGGAGAUAUUUACUCAGAACCUAUCGCGUAAUCGGAGGGGCAGCGAUGAUUCGGGGGACUCCUCUGAUACAUUUGGUAGCGUUGAGAGUAAAGGUGGCAGACCAUCAGCUCUCGCAGGAUAUGUAGGCUUGUUUACAGGCUGCGGGGCUUUAGUCGCUCUAUCUCUUUUCCUACCGCUGCCGACCCGAUUUUCCAGGAAAGAGGGCGUUACGCCCGCGCAGGCCAUCACGCAUAGUUUUUAUGUCGUUGGCGCCGUCGCACUAGUCGUAGCCGUCUUCGUAUUCUUCGGCCUCCGCGGUCUACACGGCGAGGAAGAGAAGGGCUGGCGCAUGCUUCUUGAUUUACGCAGGCCGCAGGACGCCGCGGGACCUAAUGGUUCCUCUACGGAGAUUUCCUCUUCGUCACCUAGACCGCUACCAUACCGUAAGCUUUUGAUCUCAUCGCUUCGUCUCGGUGCGACAGACCCGCAUAUUGCACUAGGAUAUCUGGGGGGCUUCGUGGCGCGCGCGAGCACUGUCGCCAUCUCGCUUUUCAUACCGCUUUAUGUGAACGCAUUCUUCAUCGGCAACGGGUAUUGCCGUGGCUCGCCGAACGACCCGUCGCCCGACCUGAAAAAGGAAUGCCGCGCCGCGUACGUCUUGGCCUCGAUUUUGACCGGCGUCGCGCAGUUAGCUGCCCUAUUGUGCGCACCCAUUUUUGGGUACGUUAGCAGGAAGAGCAACGGGGUCAAUCUACCCCUUGUAUUCGCCUCCCUACUUGGUGUCGUGGGAUGGAUCGCGCUCCCGCAACUCCAGAGCCCCGAGUACGCAAAUGUGAGCGACCGCGGCGGAAGCCCGGUUGUCUUCUUGGUAAUGAUACUUGUCGGCAUCAGCCAGAUUGGUGCCAUCGUGUGUAGUCUUGGGUCCCUGGGCCGUGGCGUGCUAGCUGCCGAUGUACCUGUUAUAUCUAAUGACGAGGAAGGGAAUGGGAUCUCGCACUCCAACGACGCUGAGACGGACGCCCUGUUGGGGCAGGAUGCUGGUGGAAGCAGCAGCAGUGAUGUUAGUCCCCGACGAAAGGAGAGGGUACUAGUAUCCCGCGUGCAACUCAAGGGCUCUAUCGCGGGCGUAUACUCGUGGUGCGGUGGCGCUGCGAUUCUACUCCUGACUAAACUUGGGGGCUACCUGUUCGACGUGGCGUCUCGCGGGGCCCCGUUCUAUAUGAUGGCUAUAUUUAAUGGUAUAUUGUUUGUCGCGAGCAUAGCCAUUGGGAUCGUCGUGAGGAGAAGUAGAAGUACGAGUAGGUCGUUGAGUUCUUGAAAAGGAAUACAGGAUUGGAAAGGGGGGGAUGGAAAGGUGUAGAAUCCCUGUGUAACUUUUGCUAUAUAGUAAUGUGAUGAGAUGAGCGGACAUAAGUGCGAAUGAGACGGUUUUCUCGCAUCGUAAAAUAAUCACGGUGGUCUAAUUGUUUAAUAUACUCGUUCCAGUGUCUGAUUUUGC